ACUACUGACAACCGCUUUCAAAAUAUUGAUCAAACAAUACCUUCAAACCAAAUCGGAUAUAUUCAAACGGUGCUUUAAUUUUCUUAGCAAAAAUGAACUCCUCGCAGCGAUUUAAUCAACGGAGACAAACUAAUUUGUAUCAUCAAUCUUUGGUGGUUAUUCCGCCUCCUCCAUCGAAGUUCAGUCUCAGCGAAUGGCAUUUAAAUAACAUUUUUAGAGAUAGAAUUUGUUUAGAUCAGCAGAAGUUGGCGGAUUCUAUUAUAGCUGAAAAUGAUAGAGCUAUCGAUGAAGUCCAGGAUAGAACCGACUUAAAUAAAAGGGAGGUUGAUCAUCAUUUAAAAGAAAAACUUACUGAUGUCGAAUUUAUUCAGUCAGAAAUCGAAAAGCAAAGAAAAGAGGUAUGCAGAGAAGAAGAAAAUCUUCAAACAUACAUGGAGAGAAUAAAAGACUGUUUGGAAGCAUGCCAAAAGCACGGUUUGGAAAUUGUAAGAAAAUGUAUAAUUUUACGAGAAGGAAGAAUAGGAAUCGAUUUGUGUUUCGAUGAUGUUGAUAAGGAAUUAAGAAAAGAAUUAUCUGUUCUAGACGGAGGUAUCAGUUUGUUAAAGAGAACUUUAGAAGAAUCCAACGAACAGAUUCGACGACUGAGAUCGACAUUUUACUUCAUGGAUCGAGAUUUGACAGACAAAAGUACAACGCAUAAAAUUGAUCUUCUGAAUAGUUCACUUACAAACACAAGUUUGAACCUUAGCAUAUACCAUGGUUUCACCCCAUUGGAUCCUGCUAAUAUCACUCUUCAAGAAUGGGAAAAAUUUACAGCCGAUAGCAUAGCUAAAGCUGCAAAAGAAAUUGCGUGUGCCAGACAGCUACGGUCUUAUGUAGACAUUUUGUUAAAACAAGCUAUUGACGACAUGGACAUGCAAUGUAAUGCUACAAAUAAUGCUUUUAGAAGAAGAAUAGAAGAACUGAAACACAUUAAAACAAGACUGGAAAUCCAGCAUUCCGAAAUUAUGAGACAGUCCAAUGAAAUGACUAGAAGUAUUACCAAACUUGAAAAAGCUCUAGUUGAAAAAGAAGGAUACAUGGCUCUAGCUCACACCAGGUUAGGUCAUAGAGCGCAGAGGCCAGGAGUAGAACUCUGUAAGGAUUUAGUUGAAAUUGCGCUUGUUAACGAAGUUGCAGAAUUAAGAGGUAAUUGUGCCACAUUACAACAGAAAUUGGCAGAAUCGCAAGCUUCUCUACGUUAUCUCUUAAAAACGCAGAUACAACUAGAAGAGGACAUCAAUAUAAAGACAAAUUCUUUAAAAAUUGACGAAGUGGACUGCAUGAGUCUGAGACAAGGAAUGGACUAUCAUAGUUUUUAGAAGCUAUUUAAUGUGUUGUGGUGAUAUGUAAUAGUGUUUGUAUUUACACGUUCGACUAAAAUUAUAUCCAGUGCACAUACAAGUAUUCAUAAACAUUUGUCAGUGUCAAAUUUUCAGUUUUAGUUUAAAUAUAUUGAAUAUACAAUAA